AUGGGAGCCCCACCCGGCCUCUCCACCUCACCGCCGCUCCACGCGACCCCGCUCGCGGCAGACCCAAUGCCCGCCCAGAAGCGGUUCUUGGUCGCAGAAGCCGCCGUCGAUGGCGGAUCGAGCGGCAGCCGGAUUGGGGGAGCAGCCGGCGCCGAGGAGAAGCGGGGCGUCGCGGCCGGCCCGUGCGACGGCACGAGGGAGCGGGGGCGGCGGAUCCGGCGGGGGAUGGCGCGGGCGCCGGCGUGGAGGGAGGGAGCAGCGCGCCGCCGUGGGACACCGGAGGGGGCCCAUCACCACCGCAUCAAUGGGAUUGGGGAGGGCCAUCAUGGCUGGAUGCGCCGAGGGAGGGAGCGCCGCCACCUGCUUCCCAUGCUUGAGAUCCAUGGGGGAGAGGGCCCGCUGCUGGGCGAGGCGCCUCGACGAGCCUCCGUCUACCGCUCCAAGGACCCCUCCGUGCCGGCGUCCGAGCUCACCGAGACGUACUGGAAGUACUACGGUGCCGCGAGCGCCGUCGGGGCCGCGCUCGCGUGGGCGUGGCUCGCGACGACGGCCUGGAGGAAGGACGGCGGCAAGGUGGUCAUGCGGACCGCCGUGCACUGCCUCACGGCCUACCUCGCCGUCGUCAGCGUCCUGAGCUUCUUCUGGGGGAAGCACUUCUUCUGGGGCAUCACCCUGGCCGUCGGCGCCGGCCUGCACUUCCUCUACGUCAUGUCUAUGCUCGAUAGGUAUAGCUCACAACAACACUAUGUUCUGAAUUUGUUUGUAAAAAUUGCCUAUUCCGUCUCAUUUCGGACGAAUUUGGACUCUAGUCCGAGGAUGCUGAGCUACGACUUCCUGGACGUGGCCUUCAGCCCCUACAGCGACUACUGGCGCGAGAUGCGGAAGCUCUUCAUCCUGGAGCUCCUCAGCAUGCGGCGCGUCCAGUCCUUCGCCUACGCCCGGGCCGCCGAGGUGGACCGCCUCGUCUCCUCCCUCGCCACCAGCUCCCCUCCGGGCGCCGCCGUCGACCUCAGCGAUAAGCUGUACGCGCUCUCCGACGGCGUCGUCGGCACGGUGGCGUUCGGCAAGAUGUACGGGUCGGCGCAGUUCGAGCGGAGCAGCUUCCAGCGGGUGAUGGACGAGACGCUGCGGGUGCUGGGGAGCUUCACGUUCGAGGACUUCUUCCCGGCGUCGAAGCUCGCCCGGCUCGCCGACGUCCUCACCGGAGCUGCCGCCCGGAGGCGGCGCCUCUUCCGCCAGAUCGACCGUUUCUUCGACUCGGUCAUCGCUAAGCACCUCGAGCCCGAGAGGCUGCAGGUCGGCGUGCAGGAGGACAUGGUCGACGCGCUCGUGAAGAUGUGGAGGGAGGAGCAGGCGGAUGGUGACGACGCUCAUGGAUUAACGCGUGAUCACAUCAAGGGAAUCCUCAUGGACACAUUUUCAGGUGGCAUCGACACUUGUGCUGUCACGAUGAUCUGGAUCAUGGCCGAGCUGAUGAGGAACCCUAGGGUCAUGCGGAAAGCGCAAGCCGAGGUGCGCGGCUUGGUGGGAAACAAACCAAGAGUGGACGAAGAAGAUGUCAAGAAGCUCAGCUACCUCAAGAUGGUGGUGAAAGAGAACUUCAGGAUACACCCACCAGGGACCUUGUUGAUUCCAAGGGAGACCAUGACGAGCUGCGUGAUCGGCGGCUACGACGUGAUGCCGGGCACAAGAAUCUUCGUGAAUGUUUGGGCGAUGGGAAGAGAUCCUAGCAUCUGGGAUCGCCCCGAGGAGUUCAUUCCCGAGAGGUUCGAGGGCAGCCAUGUUGACUUCAGAGGCUCCAACUUUGAGCUCCUCCCGUUCGGUUCAGGACGGAGGUCAUGCCCUGCCAUCGCCAUGGGUGUCGCUAAUGUGGAGCUUGCCCUGGCUAAUCUGUUACAUUGCUUUGAUUGGCAGCUCCCUGAAGGGAUGAAGGAGGAGGACAUCGAUAUGGAAGAAACAGGGCAGCUUGCUUUUAGGAAGAUGGUGCCUCUUUGUCUUGUGCCUAUUAAGAGAGUAUAA